AUGAUCGCUAGAGAUUUAGUCCCAGCUGCGCUGGCAGCUAAUCUCAACGCUGGGACUGUAUCAAACCAGGCUUUCUUCCAGGGCAUCGCCCCGUCUUUGGUCAAUACCUUGGUUGAACUAUACUUUGACAAUGUCUAUCAGUCAACUCUUCUAUUACACAAGGCCACAUUUCUGCAAUCAGUAGCAGAUCAGAGCAUUAAGCCUCAUAUUCUUCUCAGCAUUUGUGCCUGGGGCGCCAAUUUCUACCGUGAUGAUUCGGGGAAAGCUACUCUCAAAGACCAAGGCCUCAUGACCAAAUGGGCUAAAGAAGCUGGGGCGCGGGUCUUCCAAGAUGCAGAAGAGCUCAACGAUGAUAAUCUCGUCACGUUCUGCAAUCUAUCGCUGUUCUGGCAUAGUCAAGGUUCAUGGAGGAUAAGCUAUCUCCACAAGGGUAACGCCUGUCAGCUCCUCCACAUCAAAGGGACUGGCACAAAGAACGAAUCCUCAAUCGAAGCUGAACUAAGAAGACGGCAAUUCUGGACAUGUUACUUAUUCCACUGCUUCAGUUGCGAGAAGCUGUUUAGAUUCGAGGCAAUUGCUGACAUUGAGAAUCUGCCGCUACCUUGGUCUGAAGAAGACUUUGCAGCUGGGGCAUCACGCUUAGCGGUCGCUACGAUUGCGAAUGGAGAUUGCUCGGGAAGUAUUUUUGCGGAGCUCAUACGCGGUCUCAAUCUCUGGUCCUCUGUCGUGUCUGUCGUUAGAUCCGAGGGUGACCUCAAUGCACGCCUUCAAGAGAUCUUCAGGGUUGAGAACAGCAUCUCAUCAUGGUGGAACAACGUCCCCAUCAGCUUCAAACUUGAGGCAUCUCCUGCUUCAAGCAUGCCACCCGAGGAUUUACCCAAGAUCAUUCUGACCAACCUCGCCUAUCAUCAAUCCCUCUGCGCUCUGCAUUCAUCCAUCGUUCCGCUCUUCUUCGCCUUUGAUCACGCUGUUGCUAUCUCCAGCCUCAACUCUGCGAUAUUAAAUACCGGUUAUCCGCUCAGUUCGAUGCCGAUAUUUGUCGCCUACGCAGCUUACUCAAGCUGCGCUAUUCAGAUACCUUUUCUGUGGUGUUCCGAGACAUCAGUUAGAGAGCGAGCUCAAUCCAACAUUGACGCCAAUGUCAAGAUGAUACAGGGCAUGUCGGGUUACUGGAAGCUGGCUUCAUUGCUGCAACUCUACGUGCGCUGCCUUCAUAACGUUCAUAAACGCAAUCCGCCUAUGAUCGCUGGUGAGCCCAAAUACAUGGAUAUUUCGGCACUUGUUGACUUUGACGUCGAUGCGUCGCUUGCAAAAUCGUCGAUUUUACAGUUUGCUGGGAUGUUGCGAUCUGAUGAGAAUGGAUAUGUCAAAGCUGGAGACGAGACCUCAGAUCCAACUGUAUCCAUUGACGGCCCCAAUUCUGACGAUCCUCAAACUCCAGAUCGCACAGCGAAUACGAGCAAACCGAACACGAUACUUCCGCAAACUCCGAAUCAGUUCUCUUCGGGGCCCAACGAAUGGCCCACUUUGGAUAUAUUCAACUCCCUUAUCGACGCUGAUAUUGCUGGUUUAUUUCCCAUCGACGACAAUUUCGAUCUAUCGUUCUUAGAUGCAGAUCAGACCUUGUGGGAUUUCGGCCUCGAUCUGGAAAUACCCUAG